ACAAGACUUUGCAUGACCCUCAGAACCGAAGAUCAACCGCCUACCUCGAACCAUUCAUCCAACCAGCUCAAGAAAAUCUGGGCAACGAACAGACUCGAAACGAUGGCCACCAACGCUCCCGUCACCGCGUACAAGGCGUUGAACGAGAUUUACCCUCAGGAGAGCGUCUUGCAACAAGGGGAACGAUGGAACGACCUAGCGACCAGGUUUCAAGAGGAAUUCGGGGAAAAACCUGAACAUGUCGUACGAGCUCCGGGGAGGAUCAACCUCAUCGGUGAACAUAUCGAUUACUGUCUAUUCGGAGUCAUGCCGGCGGCAGUAGAGAUGGACUGUCUCAUCGCCCUCUCCACCACCACCACCACCACCUCUUCCAACCUGGACGACGGUUGCUCAGUGGUCAUCACCAACCUGGACCCUUCAUGGCCUGGCACGACCCUGUACGCCCGCCGAUCCGAGUCUGGAUCCGGAUCAGGGCAGGCAUCGUGGGAGGUGGAAGGUGGAUCAGGAAAGAGGGGUGAUUGGGUGGCUUACCUUGGAAGCGCUUUGGAUUGCGUCCUCAACAAAUACCUAACCACAUCCGAAGCUCGCCCAAUCUCAUUAAAGAUGAUGAUCACCGGCUCCAUCCCGCCCGGAUCUGGGCUUUCUUCCUCAGCCGCAUUGAUCGUAGCGGCAUUAUUGGCCAUCUUGCUCGGCAACGGACUCGUCUCCGCUACCCCUGCCCCUUCAGAGUCGACAUUGGUGUCGCAGGUGAAGAACUCGGACUUGGUCCAGAUGGCCCGAGAGGCCGAAGCCAAGAUUGGCGUCAACUCGGGUGGGAUGGAUCAAUCCGCCAGCGUACUCUCCCGGGUAGGAGCGGGGCUUUACGUCUCGUUCGUUCCCGAACUGGGAGUCGAGAUGGUACAAUUGCCGUCCAUCUCUACAGGAGCCGACUCAGAUGUCGAGGAGGAGAAACUGGUCAUGGUCAUCGCGAACAGCUUGACCAAGCACGAUCUGGCAGGAGGGGCUACGAAGCAGUAUAACCUGAGGGUCAUGGAGACGUUGAUCGGGGCGAGGGUGCUCGGUCGGGCUCUCGGGGUCAUUCAGGACGGCGAAAAAGGCGUGGAGAAGCUUCAGCUCCGACAGGUCGUAGGGCGGUUCGCUGGAGAACAAAAAGGUUCGUCCUCCGUCAUCUCUUCCGACGAGCUCGAAAGCGCUCUGGAGAAGAUCUUGCCCGAAGUCGACCGGAUCCUCGGCCCAGACGCCGAAUCUCGGGACGUCGGCCACCUCCCGGAGGGCUUGGCGGGCCUGACAGGGUUAUCAGACGAGGCGUUCGAGAGGGUCUUUUUGAGCACGAUCGAGGUGGACACUUCGGACCAGGGGGGCAGGUUCUUGCUCUACAAGCGGGUCAGGCACGUGUUCGAAGGGGCUUUGAGGGUAUUGCAGGUGGUCAGGAUCUGUCGAGGCGGCUCGGGCUCGAAGGCGAACGCGGACGGAGGCGAAAAGGCGGAGACGGACGUGGAGAUCGUAGGGAGGUUGAUGAACGAAUCGCAUGCGAGUUGUAGGGACCUGUACGAGUGUUCGAACGACGAGCUGAACGAGCUGGUGGACGUCUGUCGUCGGGCAGGAAGCGUGGGGAGUCGGCUAUCAGGCGCCGGAUGGGGAGGCUGCGUCGUAUCGCUUAUCCCGGCUUCGUUGGAACAGCAGUUCAUCGCUCAGAUCACGGAUGAGCGAGAGGGAUACUCGGCUUACCGGGGUUUAGGCAAAAAGGAGCUCGAGACGAUCGUCUUCAAGACGGUACCUGGGAGUGGUGCUGGAGUGAUGAAGCUGUAGAAAAAGAGGAAAGUGACUUUGUAGAUCACGUCAUACUUCGGAUGUAUACAUGUCAAUUUACAUCCGGAGAUGUGGGGACCCCUUCCACCGGUAUCAUUCGAUUUGCAUCCGUUCCUUGGGGAUAUCCCCUCUCUUCCUCGACCCGUUGAUGAUCGUCGUCGUCGACCUCGAUAGUGUCGACCGAGAUGAUGCACCACU